UGGUCCAGGCAUUAUGCGCGGAACAUAAAUAUUGACGUUUCAUACCUGUUCUGCGGAUUUGUUAGCCGUGCAAAUGCACUUCUGAAGUGUAAUGCAGCUUUUGAUAUGGCGUCCGCUUCCAGCUUUGCUCCCCCCAAACUUUCUGACUUCAUCCUCACUGAGCGGCUGGGCAGUGGGACCUAUGCAACCGUCUACAAAGCCUACAGGAAGGGUGACAGUCGAGAGGUGGUAGCAGUGAAGGUGGUUGGGAAAAAGUCUCUGAACAAGGCAUCCACAGAAAACCUACUCACUGAGAUUGAAAUCCUCAAGACUGUGCAGCACCCACACAUAGUUCAACUAAAGGACUUUCAGUGGGACGCUGAGAACAUUUAUCUGAUCCUGGAAUGGUGUUCUGGUGGAGACCUUUCACGCUUUAUUCGCAGUCGCAGGAUCUUGCCUGAGAAGGUGGCCCAGCGCUUCCUGCAGCAGAUAGCUUGUGCCCUCCAGUUUCUUCAUGAACGAAACAUCUCACACCUUGACUUGAAGCCCCAAAAUAUUCUACUCAGCGGGUCUGUCCUCAAAUUAGCAGAUUUCGGCUUUGCCCAGUACAUGUCGCCAUGGGAUGAACAGAGUGUCCUCAGAGGCUCUCCUCUUUAUAUGGCUCCUGAGAUGGUGUGUCGCCGUCAGUACGACUCCAGGGUAGAUCUCUGGUCUGUGGGAGUCAUUCUGUAUGAGGCCAUGUUUGGGCGACCACCAUUUGCCUCAAAGUCAUAUGCUGAAUUGGAAGAGAAGAUUCGUAGCAACCAACCCAUUGAGCUUCCUCCAGGGGCCAGGGUAUCUCCGGACUGCAGGAAUCUUUUGUUGCGGCUGCUGGAGAGAAAUCCAGAUGCCCGGAUUACUUUUGCAGAGUUUUUCUCCCACCCCUUUGUGGAUAUGGAGCACAUGCCAAGUGCAGAAUGCCUCGGAAAAGCAAAAGCGCUCGUCCUGCAGGCUGUUCAGAAGGACCAAGAGGGGGAGCGGGCCGCUGCUCUGUCUCUGUACUGCAGUGCCCUUCAGUACUUUGUUCCCGCUAUUCACUAUGAAACAGACCGACUACGUAAAGAUGCCCUUAGGCAGAAGGUCAAUCAGUAUGUGUCCAGAGCAGAGGAGCUGAAAGCCCUGGUGGCCUCUGAUAACAGAUUGAGCUUUGAGGAGGCCCAGACUUACAGGGAUGUCCUCCGAGAAAUGUCUCGAGACCAACCACGGCUGCUGGCUGCUUUGGACAUGGCCUCUAUUGCCAUAGCUAAGGAGGAGAGUGGAUUAGAUGACCAUGAUGCACUGGAUUUGUACCAGCAAUGUUUAGGAGAUCUACUACUUUCAUUGGCAGCUGAGCCCCAGGGCCGCAGAAGAGAGCUGCUCCACAGUGAGAUUAAAAGACUCAUGACCAGAGCCGAAUACCUAAAAAAGAAUAUCAAGAUGCAGGAAACUCGCACAGAUGUGUCUCUAGAUCGAGAGUCUCUGGCCGACUCUGUCAGAAGCUCUUGCUGUUUGCAGUAAGCUUUUCCAGCCACUGUGGGAACCGGUGUGGAUGUUCACGGCACGGCAGAAUGACCGCCAGUGUUCAGGUUGGACCCCAGAGCUAAUCCGUCAACUGAGCAGGUGUCAGACUCCGCUGGUAGUUUAUCAAACCUGUCUGACGUGUCACCGAAAACAACUCAGUGCACUGGAAACGUGGCAAAAAAAA